AUGACCACAUAUAACAACGAAAGAAUAAUGCCAGAGCCAAAUCAGUCUACAUCUCUCACUCUCAGGAAUGAGAGCAUGACGGCUGGUUUCUCGACAGUUAAGAAGGCUUCGUCUGUUGUUUCUCGCGAUGGUCGAGAUGUUGAACGUCAAGAAGGUUCCACGGAGACCAAAGAUCGAGUUCAUGAUGACGCGCCGCCUGAAGGGGGCCUCCAAGCCUGGCUGGUAGUGUUGGGAGCGUGGUGUUGUUCGUUCUGUUGUUACGGGUGGAUUAACAGCAUUGGAGUAUUUCAGGCUUACUACGAGACCCAUCAACUGAAGAGCUACUCCUCGAGCACUAUAUCUUGGAUCACAUCCCUGGAAAUCUUUUUCAUGCUGUUUAUGGGACCCAUUGUAGGGAAGCUCUAUGACAGCUAUGGGCCUCGAUACGUCUUGCUCUUUGGGUCCUUAGCGCAUGUCUUUGGGUUGAUGAUGGCAUCCCUUUCAGAUAAAUAUUACCAGUUCCUUCUGUCACAAGGAGUUGUCAGCGCCAUUGGGGCAUCUGCUGUCUUCACGCCCUCCCUCAGUGCUGUUGCUACAUGGUUCCACCAUAAACGUGGUCUUGCUUUUGGGCUCACCAUGAGCGGCUCAAGCACAGGUGGAGUCAUAUUUCCCAUAAUGAUCUACCACCUGAUUGUUAAUGUCGGUUUCGCAUGGUCUAUGAGAAUUUCCGCCUUCAUGAUUCUUGGACUGCUCAUCAUCGCCAAUCUGACAGUGAAAGCGCGUACCGCACCUCAUCCGCAGCCACCUAUGACUGUGAAAGAGUUCUUCUCACCUCUUACAGAAACAACCUACGCUCUUACAGCCGCAGGAAACUUUUUAUUCACAUUCGGCUUGUUUAUCCCUAUCAACUACCUGAUCGUCCAGGCUAUUGCUGGGGGUAUGUCUCCAAGCCUGGCCAACUACCUAAUUCCUAUAUUGAACGCGGCAAGCUUAUUCGGGCGAAUCAUCCCAGGCAUACUGUCAGACAAACUUGGACGAUAUAACACCUUUGUCGUAGUUUCAUUUUUAACCGCAAUUCUCGUCCUGGCCCUUUGGAUCCCGGCGUCCAGCAAUGCUGCACUCAUGCUCUUCGCUGGGUUCUUCGGAUUCUCAUCCGGCGCCUUUAUCUCCCUAGGCCCGGCACUUAUAGCCCAAAUCUCCCCCAUCCGCAAGAUCGGUAUCCGACAGGGUCUGCUUUUCGCCAUGAUGUCUGUUGCCGCUCUGACGACUAGUCCAAUCGCUGGGGCCAUUGUAUCCCACGAGCAUGGUAGAUUUACUGGUCUCAAGGUUUUUGCCGGAGUUAUGUGCCUUGCUGGAUCAACUUUGACCCUCCUAGCAAGAUAUUUUGUUGUCGGCAUGAGCCCCAUGAAGAAGGUUUAG